AUGGCCAGUUCUUCAAAACCAAACCACAUUAGGUCAAUCAGUUUGCCCAGCAGAUCCCACCCAAGCACCCAAAGAGUGGAAGAGGUGCUAAACAGCCUCAAAAACAUGGAGAUCUCAUCAAUGGCAGCAGACACAGUCUGCAAUGGUCUGGUUGGAUUAGGGGAGCUCCACAGGUGCAUGGAUGAUCUCCUCAACCUUCCCCAAACCCUCCAAGCCAUCUCCCAGAUUCACAACAAGAAAUGGGCUGAUGAUUUAUUGGAGAAAUCUGUGGAGGUUCUUGAUCUCUGUGCCCUAGCAAAUGACACAAUUUCCCAGCUUAAACAACACCUGAGAGAAGCCCUAUCUUCUCUGAGAAGAAAAAAAGGAGAUUCAAGCCUUGAAGCCACUCUCUCCAGGUACACUUCUCUCAGAAAGAAGAUGAACAAGGAUGUGAAAAGGUCAAUUUCAGCUUUGAAGAAGAUGGGUGAUGAUCAGACUAUCUUGGAUUUAGAUUCUGCAGUGAUUAGGGUUCUUAGAGAGGCUAAUGCAGUGACCAUUUCAAUCUUCCAAGUGGUUCUGCAGUUCUUGUGCUUGCCUGUUUUGAGGCCAAAGCAAUCUAAAUGGUCUGUGGUUUCAAGAUUGGUUCAUAAGGGGAAAGUAGAAUGUGAAUUAUCCCAAGAAGAAAACAUGAACAAUCUGGAGAGUUUGGAAUCUCAGCUUGAGGUCAUUGAGAAUGAACUGGGAACCACUUUUAGGUGCUUGAUCAAAUCAAGAAGCUCUCUGCUAAACACUGUUUCCUGCUAG